AUGAAGAUUGAGUUUGCUCCCCUCUCCGUGCCACUGCGGAGGAGGCUUCAGACAGCAUCGGUGGUUCAGUGGGUCUUCAGCUUCCUAGCUCUAGCACAGUGCUGCACAGCUGCCUUCAUCGCCCUCUUCUUCACCCGUUUUUGGCUGCUCUGUGUCCUCUAUGCCGUGUGGUGGUUCAAAGACAGGGAUAAACCCAGCAAAGGUGGGAGGCGGAUCCAUGCCGUCCGGAACAGCAUCGUCUGGAGGUACAUGAGGGACUAUUUCCCCAUCACGCUGGUGAAGACAGUGGAGCUGGACCCGAGGCAGAACUACCUGAUGGGGUUUCACCCCCACGGGGUCCUGGCGACAGGAGCCUUUCUCAAUUUCUGCACAGAGGCAUCGGGCUUUUCCACGCUCUUCACGGGACUAUCUACCUACAUUCAUGUAUGUUCAGUUUUCUUUCCUCUCUGCCCCCCAGGCCUUGUCUCCUCCGACAAGGAGAGUGCAUCCUAUGUGCUGAAGAAGCCAGAGGGUGGGAAUGCGCUGGCCAUCAUCAUCGGUGGUGCGCAGGAGGCGCUGGAUGCCCGGCCGGGGUCCUGCACCUUGCUGCUGAAGAACAGGAGGGGAUUUGUGCGCCUGGCUAUCGAGCAUGGCACCCCGCUGGUCCCUGUCUUUUCCUUUGGGGAGAAUGACCUCUUUGAGCAGGUGAGAAAUCCCCAGGGCUCCUGGCUGCGGAGGGUCCAGCACCAGCUCCAGAAGAUCAUGGGCAUCUCCCUUCCCCUCUUCCAUGCACGAGGCAUCUUCCAGUACAGCUUUGGGCUGGUACCCUACCGUCGGCCCAUCUACACCGUGGUGGGGAAACCAAUUCCAGUGCAGAGGAACUACAAACCCUCCGAGGAAGAGGUAGAGAGAGUCCAUGAGAAAUACGUAAAGGAAUUGACCAAGCUCUUUGAGGAGCACAAAGCUAAAUACAACAUCCCAGAAGACAGACACCUGGAAUUCAUAUAG